AUGUGCCAAGGAAAUAUAGAAACAGCGAGAGAGACAGACACAGCCACUCCGUACUUCCUCGGACUCGCCGCGACAAGAGCGCAAGCCAAUCUCGGCCUUGAUCAUCCUUGUCUCUCUCUUGUUCGUGUUACCUUCACGUUCGGCGAGUCCAGCCAGACAGACAGCGCAGACGGUGACUUGUCAAAAGACGCCUCAAACAAGGCGUCGUUUCUUCACACUACACAGCGAGAAGAGUUACUCUGCCCGGCUUGUACGACCAACAAUGUCUCCAUUACAUCGUCUAUUAUCUGGCCGUUUCUCGUAAUUGGAGCACAGGGUCAAGGCCGUAUAGCGAAAACGACAGAUCAGAACUCGUCUCCCGACCUUGGUGCCUGUCGUCUCUUCUCACCGCCACCCUGGUCGUCACCUUUCCUCGUGCAGCUCUGCAAUCCUCUUGUUCCUCUCUUCAUCCUCUGGUCCUCAUCGUCCACUACAUGCUUUGUUCUACCCGCUUCAUAUCUUCGUCUGCGCAAUAUGCCUCCUCACUCUCCCGAUAACCCCUUUCAUGAGCUCUUACCCUUUAGUCCACCCACUCCCGCUUCUGCUUCCGAAAACGCGAGCCAGGCGGAGGACAGGCCUCUGCCACCAGGCGCCAUAGUCCGCUACUUCUGGACCUGCCACGAGUGCGGAUGUGGCACCUUUCGCUGCAACGACGCCUCGGUAGCCCUGUGCAUCCAGUGCAAGCAUCAGGUCUGUGACGGCUGCACCACUUUCUUCGGCGCCCGCCUCCUGCACUGCGUGGAAGCAGAAGAUGUCCCCGACCACGCCCCCAACCCUGGUUGCGCCUGUGAUCGACCUUCCAAGAACAGCCGCUGCCGCAGCCACUACCCCAUUCGUCGAUGCCCUGCCGCCUCGGGUGUGCGCCGGCUGCGGUAUGCUCCCUAUGGUCUCCCGACGCUCGUCCAGCACUGCGUUGUGACAUUCAGACCAGAUCGCGAUGGGCGCCCCGCGCUGGGCACGUUUUUCUUUUCGCGACCGCGCUUCGAAAGCGCCCGAUCAUCGGCAAGAGCGCGUGAUGCCGACGACUCGCUCGACUGCAUUGCCCGCUCCAUGGCCGCAGCACGCGCGACCCCGGCCACCAUCCCGCCCAUCUACGACAUGCUGCUGCAGCCGAGGCUUGGCGAGCCCGCUCUGGCUCGGCACGGCAUCCCGGUCUGCACCAUGGCGCUGGCUCGCUUCUUUGCCGCGGGGGCAGCCAGCGUCGCGCGGGCGCUGGGCGUCGCGCACCACCCCGUCGUCUGCGUCCAUGUUGACCCCAUGCUGGCAUUUGUCGCCUACUACAUCUGCGCCAGUUUUUAUAUCGUCUUUGGAGCGUGGAAGGGGAGAAUCGCGCGCCAGCCGCCUCGGGCGGCGCCGGAGUGA